UGACAGCCCCCGCGUCGUCCUCUUCCUCCUCCCGCCCCAAUCCCUCCCCCUUGCUCCCUAUCCACCACCACCAUGGCCACCGUUACCACCUCCGCCUCCGCCUAUUAUUGCAACGCCCUCCUCCACCUCCCCAAGCCGAACCACUUCUGCCUCUUCUCCCCUUUCCCCGCCCGCCGCCUCGAGCUCUGCCCCGCGGCGCGCUUCUCCUCCCGCAGAGCAGCCGCCGAGCUCGGCCCGAAGGCGAGAGCCAUCCCGGGACCACCGCCAUCAUUUUUCGAGACGGAGGAGGCGGAGGAGGUCGGGGAAGAGGACGAGGAGCCUCGGUGGUCGGAUGCGGAGGCGGAAUUCGAUGGUGGCGGCGGCGGCGGCGAGGAGGAGGAGGAGCAGGAGUGGGCGGGCGGCAACGGCGCGGCGCGCGGGGAGGACUUGGGUGCGGACGCAGGCGAGGACCUGAGCGGGUGGACGCGGCAGUGGCCGCGCCCGCGGGAGCUGUUCGUGUGCAACCUCCCGCGCCGGUGCGGCGUCGAGGACCUGCUCGAGAUCUUCAGGCCCCACGGCACAGUCCUCUCCGUCGAGAUUAAGCGUGAUGCCGAGACUGGAGUUAGUCGAGGAUGUGCUUUUGUUACAAUGCGUUCUCUAGCAGAAGCUAGAAAAGCCAUCGAGGCUCUGGAUGGAUUUGACUUGGAUGGGCGUGAAGUGUUUGUUAAACUAGCAUCUCACGUCAUUUCUAAUAGGAAAAAUGUCAGCCUGCCCCAUAUAACGCCCGUGAAGGACCACAUCUUCGAAAGCCCACACAAGAUAUAUGUUGGCAACCUUGCAUGGUCUGUUCAGCCUCAAGACUUGAGGGAGCACUUUACUCAGUGUGGAAAUGUUGUUAGUACGAGGCUGCUGACAGAUCGCAAAGGAGGGAGAAACCGGGUCUAUGGGUUUCUUUCGUUUUCUUCAGCUGAAGAGCUUGAGGCUGCUUUAAAGCUUGACAGAACGGUUUUUCAUGGACGGGAUAUCAUCGUCAAGGAAGCACAUGUAGAACGUCAGGCUCAGAUGCGCUGAGCCGUUGUGGAUUACACAUGAGAACUGCGUUUUUGGCUGGCUUAUUGGAUGAUUGAGUUCGCGAUCCACUGCUCCAGGCACAGGCCGCAUAGCUAACAAAGACGCUUUCUUCUGUCUGUACAGUUGAGUAUUCAUCGCAAAAGAGAGCAUAACUGAGCACGCCCGCUGCGAUUUUGUUAACCAUUGACCAUGCUCGCUUCAACUGUACACUGAUAUGGUCAUGUGCGAAAUAGUAGGGCAAGUUGAAAACUCA